GUUUGAAUUCAACUACAUAUUUUCUACACCUUAAAAACUUGAAGAUAGUUAAAUUAUUCGAAACUUUAAAAGCAUUUAAACAUUCGUACUAGUUAUAUUAUAGAUAAACUAAGGAAGCACGUAUCAUUUAUAUUGCAAAUACGCUAAGGAAACCCGUUAAAGUGAAAAAACCGUUUUGAUGUGAUGAAAAUAUUGUCGUUUUUAUGCGUUUAUCCUGGCUACGUGAAAUUUAGAUUCAUUUACAUACGCGUGAAAAAUUUAUAUAGCGAAAAGAAUUGUAUAAUUUGUCGGUAGUGAUAGUUUUUUUCUCGUGUUAAAGAGGUCCGAUAAUGAAUACAGUUCAGAGUACUGGACAUGCAAAUGUUAGAAACAAAAAGGACUCACAGUUUGAGGAGCUAACAGUUUCUUCUUCUGAAAAAAGGAAUUGGAGAGGAAUAAUUAUAGCUCUUUUAGUGAUAGUCGCAGUUCUGGGUCUUAUAGUAUUUUCUAUUCUACUUCUAUCACCAGAAAUUGAAUCAACAAGACUUCGAGGGAAACGUAUCAGUUUACAAGAUCUACUCGAAGGUCGCUAUGAAUGGAGGCCCCACAAUGGAACCUGGUUGAGCAGUUUCGAGUAUGUAUUCAUAAACGCAGAUGGAGACCUAUCAUUGAUGACAAUUAACGAUGGGAAGGUGACGAUUUUUAAAGUGCUAAUGAAAAGUUCUAUAUUCAGACUGUUAAAUGCUGAUAGUUUUAUUGUUUCUCCAGAUCGGCAUUUUGUCCUUUUAUACUCGCGUUUAGAUGCUCCUUACAAUACAAGUUAUUAUAUUUACGAAUUAGACACAUCGAUAGUUACCCCACUCUCGACAAAAGAGGGUGAUCAAAUAGCACCAAAACUACAAAAUGUGCUUUGGGCUCCUGGUGGACCACACACACCAGACGAAACUGGUGGAAAUGAUGAAAAGGUAUCCCAAGGGAUUGCUUUUGUCUACGACGCUGAUAUUUAUUACAAACCUAAAGUGCAAGGUGAUUUAAUAUGCAGAAUCACAACGAAUGGUGAAAGCGAAUAUCUGUUGAACGGUGUUCCAGAUUGGUUAUAUUCAAAUGUUGCAGAGUUAAAAAGUGCCGCUCUAUCGUUUUCACCUGAUGGACAAUAUUUGUCAUAUCUAUCGUUUAAUAUAUCCAAUGUGCAAAAAUAUCAGUACAUCUGGUAUGGCAACGACGAUCAAUAUCCUAGUAUUAGGAGUAUCCGCUAUCCGAAGAUUAAUUCACCCAAUCCUAGCGUGGUGGUAAACGUAGUCAACUUGAGCGUUUUGAAAUUUAUAUCUCAGAAACCUAUAACAAUUCCUUCGCACAUAAGAAACGAUAGUUAUGUAGGUGGACUGGUAUGGAUUUCUCCGUAUGAACUAUCCGUUACAUACACUAACCGAGAGCAGAACAAAUCGCAUGUUUUGCUUUGUGAAGCACCACAAUUUAUUUGUGUUGAGAUUUACAUCGAACGUGCAGUGGAGAACGGAUGGACUUUGAUAGCUGAAGCUCCGGUGUUCAUAAAAACGCAGAAAAAAUUAACAACUAAUUCGACGCAGGAGAAAAAUGCUCGCAACACACAAGACACCUAUUUUCUCAAACGUUUGAGUAUACGGGAUGGAUCACAUGGAUAUUUUCGUCAUGUCGUGCUGAUUCCAUUAGAGACGAAAAAGCCAAUCAUAUUGACGAUUGGUCGUUUUGAAGUAACGGAAAUUUUAGGAUACGACUCAGUCAAACAGUGUGUUUAUUACAUUGCUACCCCUGAGUUUAAACCAGGCCAACGCCAUUUAUACAAGGCAAAUUUAACGCUACACUCCAAUGUGGAAAACAUCAGUAUGAAUGCCAAGAACGUAAUGAUUUACUGCAUGUCAUGUGAGGUUGGCGUUAGGUCAUGGAAUUCUACCGAAAGAGCGACAAAUGCAACGAAAAAUGAAAGAACCUACGGUCCAAAUAAUUGCAUGUAUAAUCGAAUAUAUUUUAGUGCAGAUUAUGCAUAUUUUGUUCAAGAAUGUCUCGGACCAGAAUCCCCAUCAUCGUACAUUGUGGACGUAGCUUCCGAGUACAUGAUAUACGUACUGGAUGAUGGGAGCCACCUCAGAAAUAUAUUAUAUGAGCUCGCCAAGCCACAAAUUAUGACAUUCAGUGUUCAGAUAAAGUACAAUUUCCAUGCGCAAGUCAGAGUAUAUCUACCACCAGGUAUCAAGGAGGACGAUGAUGUUCUGCUUCCGCUAAUUCUGCAUAUAGAUGCUUCUCCAGAAAGACAACUGGUUUCAGACAAAUACUAUUUGGAUUGGAAUUGGUAUUUGAGCAGUUUUCAGUCUUAUAUUGUCGCUCAAAUCGAUGCAAGGGGAUCAGGUUUUCAAGGAGAAACUCUGAAAACUCAAAUACGAGGAAAAAUCGGAAUUGAAGUAGAAGAUCAAAUGUCAGUUUUGACAUAUUUACGCGACAACGUGAAGCUGGUUGAUCCAAAUCGGAUUUGUAUAUAUGGUUGGGGAUACGGAGGAUAUAUUGCUUCCAUGAUGCUCGCGAGCGAUACCGAUAAUGUUGUAAAAUGCGGAGUGGCGGUGAAUCCAAUAGUUUCAUUUAAAUAUUUUUAUUCAUUUUUCACAGAACGAUACGUGGUUAAUUCUGCAGAUAAUGGCCGAUCAUUGCUAGAUACUGAUUUGUCAAUGGAAGCAGGGAAUUUCGUAAGCAAAAAGUUAUUGUUGGUACAUGGAACAGCAGAUACAGUAGUUCAUGAACAGAAUUCUGCAUUGCUGACGAAAGCAUUGAUCGAUGCACAUGUUAUGUUUAGACAUCAGAUAUAUGUUGACGAAGAUCAUGACAUGGCAAACGUAAAAAAUCACGUAUAUCACACAAUUGAGUCAUACUUUGAGGAAAACUUCCAACAUAAUGAACAGGAUUGGGCUACUAGUUUUUUUCUUUCCAAAUCUUAGCAUUAGGUUGUUAGAGAACCUGGUAUGGAGUGUAGAUUUUUCAAACAAUAAGUAAUAAAACAAUCGCUGCUUGGGACAAACUAA